AAUUUUCUCCGCCCAAAGGAACAAAUCCUUCGGGAUCCACCAGAGUUCCUAUCCACAGCUCCGGCGGUUGCUCAUCGGUCUCUUCUUCUACGUCGUCGACGAUCGUUUUGGAAUCGGCACUGGUUUUUUGGCGCGGAUUUGGAUACUUAGAUCGUUUGGGGAGUAGAAAUGGCGACGUUCGAGCUGUACAGGAGAUCGACGAUCGGGAUGUGCUUGACGGAGACCUUGGAUGAAAUGGUUCAGAGUGGCGUUCUGAGUCCAGAGCUUGCGAUUCAAGUUCUUGUCCAAUUCGACAAGUCCAUGACUGAAGCUCUGGAGAGCCAGGUGAAGACCAAGGUCUCAAUCAAGGGGCAUCUUCACACUUACAGAUUCUGCGACAACGUCUGGACCUUCAUCUUACAGGACGCGAUGUUCAAGAGCGAAGAUCGUCAGGAGAACGUUAGCCGGGUGAAAAUAGUUGCCUGCGACUCGAAGCUUCUGACUCAGUAAGAUGUUUUCCUGCCUGUCUUAUCUGUCGAAAAUAUUUGUUCUCGUUGAAGUAGAUUUAAAUCAAUUUCGCUAUGAAAUUGGUCUUAACGCUUUGCCAAUACGUCGUUGAGCUCCCUUUCUGGUGCACCCUGAUAAUGUUGUUUUCAGUAGCCAUCAGAUUCUAGCUUAAUCUGUAAAAGAAUGGUCUCGAAACCUUCUGUUUAUGUUAGAAGGUUAUGACUUUUGACUGUUUUCCAUUCUCAUGGGAGCCUGUAAGAUUACCUUGCAUUUGUGUGAAAUCAACAUUCUCUGAA